AUGUCUCGUAUAGCUAAAUCAUCAAACAGCCUCAACAGUUCAACCAAACCAACUCAACCUACCACAGCCUCAAGUCAUCCUCCAAGUUCAACAAGACAAUCUACUCGAACUCGUCUUACUUCAACUUCAAGUCUCACUCGUCCACCAUCCAGAGUCAAUCAACCUCAAACACAUUCACGCUCUACAACCUCUGCAAAGAGAGUCCCAGAACCUAAACUAUCGCAAUCCAGUCAUCAUUCAAACUUUGAUUCUAAAACUUCUCAUACUGAAGCAACCGAUGGACCCAUCAAUUCUCAACAUCCUGGCGCGAAUAUCAAAGUGGUAGUCCGAUGUCGUGGAUUGACCGAAUUAGAACGCGAUCAACAAGUUGUUUUGUUCACCGGAGGCGUUCGUGGUCGCGAACUGACUGUCAACGUCAACAAUCAGCCCACCGGAGGCGCAGGAGACGCGACAGGUUCAAACGAUGCCAACUGUCCUCCCGAUGAUCCCGUGCCGCUUGACACAGGUUAUGGAUCCUCUUUGGUUGAGGACCCUAAAAAGAACGCGAAUACCAAGACAUACCCUUUUGAUCACGUUUUUGGGCCUGAUGCCGAUCAAUCCCUUAUCUUCAACGAUGUCGUUUCACCUAUUUUGACAGAAGUACUUCAAGGUUACAAUUGUACUAUCUUUGCUUAUGGUCAAACCGGUACAGGCAAAACAUAUACGAUGACAGGUGAUUUGAGCAUUCCCACCACCACUACCAUCAUGCCAACUAUCAAAAGCUCAGAAGGUUCAUCCUCUCCAAUGAAUCCAGAUGGACUUCAAAACUUAUCCCCUACCUCAGAUCCUACACCUCUCAUCAUCCCAACUUCACUUACUAAAUACUCUACCGAAGCUGGAAUUAUUCCUAGAGUACUUCAUUCACUCUUUAAUUUAUUAGAAGAUUGUAGUGAAGAAGAAAAAGUCGAAUUUAGUGUAAAAGUUAGUUUUGUAGAACUUUAUAAUGAAGAAUUAAGAGAUUUGAAUUAUAUUGGAACAGAUUCAGAAACGAAUACGAACAAUAAUACUGGAAAUUCGAAUACCAAUGGAGCCCCUCCAAUUGGUUCUACUAAUUUGAAAAUCUUUGAAGAUGGCACAUCAAAUAAGAAAGGAGGAGGUUCAGGAGGUUCAGGAGUUUAUAUACAAAACUUAACAGAAGCACCUAUCAGUUCAGCAAAAGAAGGAAUCAAGAUUUUAACAUUAGGUUCAGCUAGAAGACAAAUUGCAGCCACUAAAUGUAAUGAACAAUCAUCUAGAUCUCAUUCAGUAUUUUCUAUAACGAUUCAUGUUAAAGAUACGAAUGGAAAAGAAGGAAAAGAAGAUCAAUUGAAGAUUGGAAAAUUGAAUUUGGUUGAUUUAGCUGGGAGUGAGAAUGUGGGAAGGUCUGGGGCUGGAAAAGAGUUUGGUAGAGCACGUGAAGCUGGGAUGAUUAAUCAAAGUUUACUGACUUUAGGGAGAGUGAUCAAUGCAUUGGUGGAAAAGAGUAGUCAUGUACCAUACAGGGAGUCCAAGCUAACCCGACUCUUACAAGACUCGUUAGGAGGAAAGACCAAGACGUGUAUCAUUGCGACGGUUUCACCAGCUCGAAUGAAUAUUGAAGAAACCCUUUCAACAUUAGAUUAUGCACUUCGAGCCAAAUCGAUCAAAAACCGACCAGAAUUGAAUAAUAAGAUUAAUAAAGCAGCCCUCAUUAAUCAAUAUGUACAUGAGAUUGAAAAAUUAAGACAUGAUUUGAUUGCUACACGUACGAAGAAUGGAAUUUAUUUUAAUGAAGAAAGGUGGUCAGAGAUGGUAAAUGAAUCAGAAGGUAAAAACCGAAUGAUGAUUGAAUCACGUAGAAAGAUUGAAUUGAUUGAAUUGGAAUUGAUGAGAACCAAGAAAGAGUUUGAGAAAUGUUUAAGAAUGUUAAAUGUUAGAGAAGGAGAGAUUAAAAAAAUUCAAGAUGAAUUGAAUAAAAGGUUAAAUGAAUUAGAUGAAUUGAAAUCGAUUAGAGAUCAUUUAGAAACCGAUUUGGUUCAAGAGAAAGGUGCAAGAGAGGUGAGUGAAAGAAGUAGGAGUAAAUGGAAAGGUAGAUGUCAAGAGGCUUAUGAAGAGAAUGAAGGAUUAAGGGCCAAGAUUGGUCGAAAGGCAGCAGUUGAGGCUCUUAAUCAAGAUACAAUCAAAGUAGUCGAUCAAAGUAUGAAGGCAACUAGUAGUAAACUUCAAACUGAAUUAGACGGAUUUAAAGUCAACUUUAAUCAACUUCAUAAGACUAUGCAAGACCGACUUACGAAAUUUGGACAAAAGCAUUCAGAAGAAAUUUCAGCAUCGCAUACACAUUUAGAAGAAAGACUGGAAGGUUUAACACAAUGCCAUACGAAAGCAGCGGAGAUGAUUGAGGAUCUUGAAGGGACCGGUCAGGAUUUGAUUGGAGACCGACUUUUGAGGAAGAUGAUUGGGGAAGAGCUUUUGAAGGCUCAUUCAGAUCAUCUGAAUGAAGUCAACGCAAGAGAAUCAGUAAGGUUAAAUGGAUUGCAAUCUAUGAUUGAAGAAAUCAAAGAAGAGGCUUUGAACUAUAGUGAUCGGAUGUGGGGAUGUGCAGAAAAGACGGUAGAAGUGAUUCGGAAGAAGUUUAUAGAGGAUCGAAAAGGAUUGAUCCAAUCGCAUGAAGAAGAGAAACGAGAGUUGCUGGAACAGACAGAUUUACUUAAACAACAAAUUGAAAAACUUCAAGAAGAUUAUAGAAAAGAAGAAGAACAAGGAUAUUUAGAUACAGAAGAAUUGAUGAGGAUCAUCAGUCGACAAAGAGAAUCGAAUCUGAAAAGGAAAUUGAAAGAAACAGAAUCAAUUGUUCAAUCACUUGAAGAUUUAAGUCAAAGACAAGAUCAUAAGAGAAGAAGGAUUGAUGAAUUUCAAGAAGGUUUUGAUUUGGCUCACAAUCGAUUAGAAGUUCAAUUAUCUACGGAGUUAGAUGGUACACGGGUUACUGUACAAGGGUUUGAUGAGAACUUGAAACAGAAAGCUAAGGCGGCUUCGAAAGCGCUGGUGACCGAUCACGAUCAAGCUCUUGAAGCUUCUCAAGUCUAUUUUGAAGGAGUAGAUCAAAUCGAAACUGAAAUGAAGACUACAUGUAACCAACUCUUGGACGAAUUUGAACAACGUGGCGAAAAGCUUGAGUCCAGUUUGACAAGAAUGUUGAAUGAGACGAAAGAGAGUUAUGGAACACUAAGGUCUAAGAUGAAAACGGUUGAAGAUGCAGUGGAGGAUGUAGUUGAAGAAAGUAAGAAAGAGUUAAAUGUACAAUGCAAUUCAACAAAUGAAUGUAUAGAGAAAUCUAUCAACUUAAUGGCCAAUAUCCAACAAGACGUUCAUACUUAUCUAACAAAAGAAAUCAAACAAGACGUUGUAACAGGACAAACACCGAGAGCUAAACGAGUAGUACCAGAAGAAGAAGAGGAGGAGGAAGAAGAGGAAGAUAAUGAGAAUGAAGUCAAAGGGAAUGAAGAAGAAGAAGAAGGAGAAGGAGAAAGGCUAACAAUGUUAGGUAUGAAGAAUAUGUCUUCUGCUUGUAAAAGGAAAAGAUCGAUUUCUGGUUCAUCUGGUAAUGGUCAUAGUCAUGGUGGAAAACAUAGAAUUCAUAUUGGAAUUUUACGUGAUAAAGCUAAUCAAAGUCUUUCAAGGAAAUAAUUCUUUUCUGAUUCCUUUGGUAAUUUUUCAAUACAUACAUUUAUUUUUUCAAAAGCAAAUAUACAAUCACUUUUUGAAUGUUUAAUUGUUUUGAUUUAAUUACUUUUUUUUGAGUUUUUUGAAGACUUUUUGUUAGAGAUUGUAAUUAGGUUCUGGAAAAAACGGACACCGUUUCUUUUUGGUUUUCUUUCUUGGUUUCUUCUCGUAAUUUUUGAUUUGAUUAGUUAUAUUUUAUUUAUCAUCGUCAUCGUCAUCGUUGUAAAGUUCGGUUUUAUCAGUCUUUGUAAUUUGAAUGUUUUAGUAUUUGUU